AUGAUGGGCAGUACACAAGAAACCCCGCAAUUGAAGCAACGACGGGCCAGCUCCAAGAAGUCGCGGAGCGGCUGUCGAACGUGUCGGGUACGCCAUGUAAAAUGCGAUGAAACCCCGGGAUCUUGCGGGAAUUGCACAAACACCGGCCGCACCUGUGACUACGACCUCCAAAGGCUCCCUCGCCUAGGCAGAGCCACACCCCAAAGGAACGAAAGAACUCAGCUGGUUUUGCCAAUGAAAAUUGCAGAUGGCGUGCGCUGGGCGAUAACCUCAGAUGAACGGCGAUGCUACUCAUACUUCCAACAUCACACAGUCCCCACGCUCUUGGAAAUCUUCGAUUCGCCCCUCUGGCAGGAACUAAUUCUCAGAGCAAGCAUAUCAGAGCCGGCCGUUUACCAUGCCGUUGUGUCUUUGAGCGCAGUCCACCAAGACAUAGAGAAAUACGGAAUGGCGCUACCGGGGCAGGACCUGCAGAACGACUGGCAUCGGUUCGCACUCGAGCAAUGUGGGCGGUCAUUUUCUUUGCUCAGCCAACGCCAUUUGUCCCAAGAUCCGAGGUUUCGAGAGAUCAUGCUCCUAUGCUGUUUGCUGUUUGUUAUAACGCAACUACUGCGAGGCCGCUAUGAUGAGGCCUUUCAACACCUACUGGGUGGGUUGAAAGUUCUGAAUGAGGCGAGAGCUACGGGCCGCUUCGAGGGCCCUCUCGCGCAGUGCAUCAUGGCUGCAUUCAGGAGCCUGGAAACCCAAUCUUGGGAAUAUGGGUUCAGACGAGACUCGUCCAUGGGCGAGCGUGAUGAUCAAGCCUACUCACUUCGGGACUUCGGAGACUUUGGUAGUCUUUUCGAGGCACGCCAGGUUCUUGAUUCCCUCGUGCGUGCAGCGUUCUGCUUUUCCACACAGUGUAAAGACCUAUCGGAGGAGGACAUUCUCUCUGAUUACGGGCAUUUACACCAAAGACAGCUGCACCUCCUCUCUCAGUUGAGUAGGUUUGCCGACCGCUUCGAGUUAUUUUGUUCUCGCAGCAAACUUAAUCGAAAGGGGCAAAGGGCGGCGGAUAUAGUGCGCUUGGUGUGUUGUAGCCUCGAUAUCCCGGUCAAAACUGCCCUUAUACGGGAUGAUUCUACGUUGGAAUACUAUAUUCCGGAAUACGAGAAACAACUCACAAUGGUAGAAGGAAUCUUGGACAAGCACCCGGAGCGCCCGAGCGUCACGCUAGACACCAGCAUUCUCCCGCCGCUAUACUACGCAGCGAUGUGGUGUCCAGACUACAGCGUCCGAUGCCGUGCAAUUGCAGCCCUUCAAUCCUGGCCGCACCGCGAGGGUGCGUUUGAUUCUAAUUGGAUUGCUUUCCUGGCCUUGCAGCGAAUAAAGGCGGAUUUAAAGGCCCGGCCUCAGCCAGACGUCCUAGCAUACGUGUCGAGCAAACUACCCAACCCGAAUAAAAGCAGGCAAAAGAGCCUCGUUUACGAUGAAUUUUCGAUUGACGAUGCCCUGGGUUCGAUGAAGAUUAUGGAAAGCUGGCCUUGUGUCCAGAUCACUAAACAAUCCAUGGCCAGCGAAGACAGUUGA